AUGACUUCACCUAGUAGAGAAAGGAGUUCCGUAGGUAGUAAAGCAUCUAAAAACCAAAGCCCAAAUAGUUUAGACUUGGGAUUAACCAAUAAUGAUACCAGCUGUCCAUUAUGUAUGGAGGAAAUGGAUGAAACUGACAAGACAUUUUAUCCUUGUCAAUGUCGCUAUCAGAUAUGCCUUUGGUGCUACUAUCAUAUUUGUGACCAACUGGAUAAUAAGUGCCCAGCUUGUCGCCAACUAUAUAAAGUCUCAAAUAUUUCAAAGACUAUCCAGAAUGGCACUAUUGAAAGAAGUAUUAUUGAUGGUUUUACAUGGUCUGGAGAUAAAAUUAUGAAUAUGGACGAUAGUAAUAUUUCACAAAUAACAGGAACAACUAGUACUGGAGAGCUACAAACAUUAACAAAUGAAUCUUCUAUAUAUAAUCAAUCAUGUACACCAUCUGAAGAUACUUUACACCAGCAAAGUUUGGGAGAUAUGCGGAUAAUCCAACGAAAUCUUGUCUAUGUUGCUGGUUUAGAUUAUUCCAAUGCAAAGAGAGAAAUUUUGGCAGGUAGUGACUCAUUUGGCAAAUUUGGUAAAAUCCUUAAUAUGCGAAUUGUCCCUAUAGACUAUGAAACUUAUAGUGCAUUUAUUACUUAUUGUGAUGAAUUAUCUGCUACCAAAGCUAUAAAAAGUGUAAAUGGCAAGAAGAUAUUUGGAAAUAAUACGAUAAGGUGUUCGUUUGGUACUAAUAAAUACUGUAGCAAUUUUAUCAGAAAUUUAGCUUGCACAAACCCAAAUUGUGCCUAUGUCCACAAGCUGGCUGAAAGUAAUGACUGUAUAAAUAAAUCUGAACUUUUGAAUUUUCAUUCCUCAAAUAAAUUUGCCUUAAAAUCCUUAAAGGAGCUUAGAAGUACAAUUGGAUUUGGAAUUAGUGACAAUACUAAUAAAUUAUCUGAAAACAAUGAUACCAGAGAAAGAAGAUCAACUAGAAGUAGAAACAAACGCAAUGUAGAUAAAUGCUUGGAGACUACGGGGAUACCAACAGUUACAAUAGACGGAGAUAUUGUGGAAGAUACUACAGAAGAUACAAUAACACAAUCAGUAACUGAUCAAGCUAUAAUACAAAUAGCAGAUGAAACAGCGGAUACAUUGAAGAAUGGAUCAAGAGUAAAACAAGAUCCAACUAUUUCUGAUAAUACCUUACUUGAAUCUAAAAAUAUAGAUACAAAGGACACUGACAACUUAAUAGAGAAACCUUUAUACUUUGUGGGAUCACAAACUAUCUCAAGAAAAAGACCACAAUUAGAUGACUCUAAUACUGUAUAUAAUAUUAAAUUAGGUGGGAGUGAGGAGCAAAAGAGUAUUAACAAAGAGAAAUUUCAGCAGAAUCAAGAUGAAGAGAUCAGAUAUACUGAAACUACAAGCGAACAUAAAGAUGUAACAUUAGCUGUUCGAGGCGAAUUUCUUAAAUCUCUUCCUCAAGGAUUGAAGAUAGUAUCUGUACAGUCAUCUCAAUCCUCAUUAAAUGAAAAUUAUAAUCCGCGGUGCUUAUCCAAAGGUGUACAGCAAUUAGCUGAUGUUGAAGCUGGGAUAUUAAGAUCCCUACAACAACAUAAUAAUAUGAGAAAUUCCCUGGGAAGUGGUCAUCACCACUCUUCAAUACAGCAAGGACUCAGUAUAUUAAGAGCUAUUAUGCCACAUGCAAAUAUCACAAUACAGGGUCAGUAA